AUGGAGCUACUAACACGGCGUUUGCAGAAGUCAUACAAAAAAAAUCCAGGCUCCGGCACGGAGGGUUACCUGAACCAGUUGCGUCUGUCAACCCUCUACUUCUCGCGGCUGGCCGCGACCGGCAAGCGGUUCGAGAUCGGCGUUGAGGUGGCUACGGCGGGCAAGUUCGAUGACAUCUUGAUGUAUCUGGUCGACGAGCGGCAGUACUGUCUGGUGCAGGCCAAACACAAGCAGGACGAAUCGAAGCGCAUCACGCUGGAUGACCUGCUGAAAACGACCACCGAGUACAGCUUGCCGAAGUACUUCGACUCAUUCCUGGGCCUCCAGCAGGAAGACUACUGCCGCGAGGGACAGCUACGGUACAUCGUCAUCUACACGAACCUCAACGUGGACGAGCACGUGAUGAAGGUAAUCGAACGGGUUCACCAAUCGCCGAUCGCCGGCGACACGUUUCUUGACACGCUUAAUGUGCGGUGCAACGGAAAGGAACCGACCCUUUAUCGGUUCAACACCGACAACAGUCAGUUCAUCGAGAGUCUGAUCGACCGGAUAUCACCGAUCUGCGAAGUGGCUCGUAAGUUGGCCGAGCAGCUGGUGCAACGGAAGAAAAUCUCGAUCAACCCGAACGGGGUGUUCCACGAGUUCCACGCGCUGCUGGCGCGGGACGUGUUCGAUCUCGACCGCCAGCUGUUCCGGGAGGAUUUCCUGGCCGGCGGCCUAUCGGGGUGUGUGGACAAAUUUCGGCACCUGCUCGAGCGAACCCUCCGAGCGAUGCUGAAGCUAGAGUCGGACUUCUCGAUCACCGACCUGAACGCGCUGAUUGGGGCCGGCAAACUGAAGCUGCUGUUCGAGCCGGGAUUCCUCUGCAAACCGCCGGUCCCCAGCAGCAAGGAGUGGGCGGACUACCGCGCUGGGCGGACCGAGGUGGUGGAGUUCUUCCAGCAUCUCAUCCUGGCCGCCGAUCAGCCGAACUUCAUCGAGCUGGAAGCGAUCACGAAAGUGGAGGUGUUCGGAUUGCGCGAGUACGUCGACGAGUGUAUGCAGGUGGUGUUCGAUCAGGUCGACCGCUGGAUACGGGACGGCGAAGGUGUGUUUCUGGGUGCCACCGACUGGCACCGGAUCUGUGACGACUCGCGGGCCCGCAUCACGGGCAAGAAGUGGCUGCUCAAGUCGGAGGAGUACCAGAAGACGAAUCCAGCCACGGGAUACCUGUUCGAGCGCAACUCGCUGCUGGGUCCGGUGCAGGAGUUCCUGGGCUCGACCCAGCACGACACGCUGCUGCUGGUGGCCGCCUACAAGGCGGAAGUUAGUGCCGCUCGGAUGCUACAGGUACUCGGAACGCUGCGAACCCAGUUCGUGGUGUUCGAUGCGCACUGCUUCCGCGAUAUCGAAGACCUGGAAAGCUGCAUCCCGUUCGUGCGCCACCUAUCGGCUGACCGGCUGAUUGUGGUCGUGUUCGGUGAGCAGUGUUGCCAGUCGGUGACGAAAAACGUGCGGUACAAGUUCAAAGGUCUGACGAAGGCCAAAACCGUCUACAUUAUUGCGGCGAGUGGACAGGACUGGCUGGAGGAGAUCAAGCUCGUCUACCGGGAUGUGUUCGAGCUGGCUGACAUGGCGGCCAAGUCACGGCGCCAGCUGCUGGAGAAGAAGAUCACACUUCAGACGCGCGAGGUUCGGCUAGUGGAUGUGAUGUCGGAGGAAGAUGCGCUGCAGCUGCUCGAUAUGGAGAUCAUCUCACAGCUACUGACCAACCAGCUCGACCCGGUGGCGUACAGUUUCAAGUACCAGCGGGCGCUCCAGGGACGCUACUUUGCGCGGACACUGCACUCGGACCACUCCUGGAUGGACGAGGCAGAGUUCGAUCGGCUGGUGCCGUGCAACCGGGUAGUGAUCCUGUCCGACGGCCCCGGGAUGGGGAAGACCACCUUUCUGCAGCGGUUCAUCGAUCGGUUGUCUAGCGCGCUGCCCGACCACGUAAUCUGCCUGAUGCACCUUAAGUUCUACACCGAGACGAUCGAGGAGAUCACGCAGCUAAACGCCGACACGCUGAGCGUGGAGGACGCUAUCUGGCACGUCACAAAGUGCUUCUUUGCCGAGAGCACCCGCUUCGGGCAGGUGCUGUUCCGCAACGCGAUCCUCAACACCGGCAAGCUGAUCGUGCUGGUCGACGGUUACGAUAGCGUCAUCUGGCGCUACAAGAAGUCGGUGGUGCGCGCCUGCCAGCUGUUUCUGCGGCCCCCGUUCCAGAUCCGCAACCUGCUGCUGGCGACGCGUCCCCACGAGCUGGACUACCUCCGCGCGGCACUCCCGUCGGCGAAGAUUGUUUCGCUGAGGCCGUUCGGCGAGCUUCAGUGCGUGGACUUCCUGAGCCACCGACUGAGUUCCUCGGAGGACGACCAUUCGGAAGCGUACCGCUUGCUGCGUCACCUGGCCGCCACGUAUGGCGACUGGGUCGCCGGCAACCCGUUCCAGUUGAAGCUCCUGGCGGACCUCUAUCAGCAGCGACCGGAAGCGUUCCGGUGCUUCGGCGGACUCCUGGAGCUGUACCUCGAGCGCCAGUUCUACGCGUCGAACCAGCGCGCCAUCCAGAUCAUGGGCAUCGGCCAGCAGCGGAUGGCGGCGGAAACGCUGAAGCGGGCCGCCCACGACAGUCACCGGGAGCUGGCCAGCGCACUUACGUUCUUCCCGGGGCGGCCGGUCCACAUGGCCCCUUUCACUUACCUGCUCGACAUCGGCAUGAUCAUCUUCGAGGACGGCCGGGUCCGGUUCGAGCACCGAGUCGUCCAGGAGUACUUCGCGGCCGAAGCGCUGAUGGUACGCUUCGACGACGACGACCAGCAGCUCCGGGCGGUUCUGGCCGACCCGGCGAAUCGCUUCCUGCACCGCUUCCUGGACUAUCAUCUGGCAAAGGAGAAAAAUGCACCGUACCGGGAUCGCUUCCGGCGCUACACUUCGGAGGCCCGGCCCGGCCCGGCCAACUCAUCACAGCCGCCGCCGACGAUGGCCGUUAAUCAAAUCAACGACAAAUGA